GUGAGAACAUUUCAUAUUUGACAAAGAGGUCAAAUCUGUAACUGGAUUUUAUCUAAUUUGUGUAUGAUAUCUUUUGUACUUCUUGGUUCUUUGAUUUUCUUUGCAAACUCGGAGAUCAUCUUGCCAACACUUCCACAACUGAGCAAAAAUGCAGCAAAUCUGGCUUUCUCUACUGUCGGGCCUUUGCCUUCGUCUGGUUUUCCUUUGCAAUGCUGAGGAAGGUCUCGAGUUCCCUAAUUUUGACGGAAAGGACAGGGUGCUGGACAUCAACGAGCGCAACUACAAGAAGGCUCUGAAGAGAUACGACCUGCUGUGCCUGUUCUACCAUGAGCCAGUGCCUGCCAACAAGGGCCUGCAGAAGCGGUUCCAGAUGACUGAGCUGGUGCUGGAGCUCACAGCUCAGGUCCUGGAGAACAAAGACAUCGGUUUUGGAAUGGUGGACUCCCAAAAGGGCGCAAAAGUAGCCAGAAAACUGGGUCUGGAAGAGGUGGGCAGCUUGUACGUCUUCAAGGACGACCGCGUCAUUGAGUUUGAUGGGGAGCUCUCAUCAGACACACUGGUGGAGUUCCUGUUGGAUGUACUGGAGGAUCCAGUGGAAAUGAUCAACAACGCCAUGGAGCUGCGAGCCUUCGAGCGAAUGGAGGAAGACAUCCGCCUCAUUGGCUACUUUAAAGGAGAGGAUUCAUACUACAAAGCUUUUCAGGAGGCCUCAGAGCGUUUUCAACCGUACAUCAAGUUCUUUGCUACGUUUGAUAAAUCAGUAGCCAAACAUCUCUCCCUCAAGAUGAACGAGGUGAAUUUUUAUGAGCCGUUCAUGGAGGAGCCGGCCAUCCUGCCUGGCAGGCCUCUGUCAGAGAUGGACAUUGUCGAGUUUGUCAACCAACACAGAAGGGCCACUCUGAGGAAGCUCCGGGCAGAGAAUAUGUUUGAAACAUGGGAGGACGACAUGGAUGGGAUACAUAUUGUUGCGUUUGCCGAGGAGGAAGAUCCAGAUGGCUACGAGUUCCUGGAGAUCCUGAAAGACGUGGCCAGAGACAACACCAACAACCCAGAGCUCAGCAUUGUCUGGAUCGACCCUGAUGACUUCCCUCUGUUGACCACUUACUGGGAAAAAACCUUCAAGCUGGACCUGUUUAGACCUCAGAUUGGUGUGGUCAAUGUCACAGAUGCGGACAGCGUGUGGUUGGACAUGUCCAACGACGAGGACCUGCCCAGUGCCGAGGAGCUGGAGGACUGGAUAGAAGACGUCCUGUCAGGGAGGGUGAACACAGAGGACGACGACGAUUCUGCAAACGAUCAGGAACAUCCUGACAACUUUGUCACAGAGGACAGCUCUGAAAGUCAUGACCCAGAUGAGGAAGAUGACAGUGACGAAUAACCUGAAGGGUUAGGGGUUCGUGUCAAAACACUGAACAGAAUCGAACGUAAAUUGUAUUUAAAAAAAAAGGGAAAUUAAAAGAAAAAUGUUUUCUAGAAUAGACUGUGGUUUAAAUGGCUGCACAGAAAAAAAUGAUUAAAGGUCAACAAGGGAAAAUAUUGGCCCAGUUUAAAGUUAGCACAGUGCCUGAAGCAGUCAUUCUCUUGUACUCAGUAAGGAUCAAAAUAUUAGCAGAAUACACUAUCACUAUCUCAUAUACAAGUUUAAAUUAAAGCUCUGUCAAUUAAUUUGUUUCAAAUGGGUGCAUCACAACUACCUGCAAACACAACACUAACAUAUUAUCACCCUUUAAGUUGCUAUGGCUAACAUGUAACAGUUUUGUGCUGGCAUGGAGCACCAUUAUAGAUGGAGUCAUGUUUCAGGCUAAACAGUCCAAUAUUCACUCUUCUUAGCUAUGAGUGACAUCUAUCAUAUUUCACAUAUCUCUAUAUCUCUUUAAAGUUCAAAUUAAUUAUUAACUAGCUCAUAUUAGUUUGUGUGCAUCUAUGUGAAAAUAAAUUUUGUUCUUAUUAGCAGA